AUGUCUAUUGAAUCAACUUUCUUCGCAGGAGAAAUGGGCGAACCAGUUUUUGUUGACAAGAAUUUGCCGGAAGUGCAGGAAGCGAUGAGGGCUUUUGGUUUCAAUACCUUUGUCAGUGAUAUGAUCUCAUUAAAUCGAAGUGUCCCGGAUGUGAGGAUGGACGAGUGCAAGUACUGGCACUAUCCAGAGGAUUUGCCAACUGCGAGUGUAGUGAUUGCGUUUCACAACGAAGGAUGGUCUCCACUGAUGCGUACUGUUCAUUCGGUGUUGUUGCGCUCUCCACCACAAUUAUUGAAGGAAAUAAUCAUGGUUGAUGACUUUAGUGAUAAAGAGCAUCUCAAGGAUAGACUGGAUAAUUAUUUAAAACAAUUCAACGGGAAAGUGAGAUUAGUACGAAACACUGAACGUGAAGGGCUUAUUCGAACACGCAGUAUAGGCGCUAAGGAGGCAGCUGGCGAUGUUGUGAUAUUCCUGGAUGCACAUUGUGAAGUGAAUAUUAAUUGGCUACCUCCACUUCUGGCUCCAAUACGUCAGAACAGGAAAGUUAUGACAGUCCCUGUAAUUGAUGGUAUCGACAUGAAUACUUGGUCUUAUCGCAGGGUUUAUGGUUCCGCAGAUCGCCAUUUCCGAGGCAUAUUUGAAUGGGGACUUCUAUAUAAGGAAACAGAGAUAUCCGCGCAAGAGGCAGCAAGGAGAAAGCACAACAGCGAGCCGUUUAGGUUUCUAGAUAUUCAGAGCUUAUUUUUUGCAUUGAAACUGACAUUAUGCAUGUCUCCGACUCAUGCUGGUGGUUUGUUUGCAAUCGAAAAGAACUGGUUUGAAGAACUGGGUUAUUACGAUCCAGGAUUACAGAUUUGGGGCGGCGAACAGUAUGAACUUUCUUUCAAGGCGAGCUAA